AUGGGGUAGAGUACUUCUACUCCUUUGUCCCUGACCCUGGACCAUUGGUCAGAAGUCAAGGGGCGAGCUCAAAACCUUUCCCUUGUCAUCAGAAAGGGCAAGUGGCAGACCUUCUGCUCGUCCGAGUGGCCCACCCUUAAUGUCGGAUGGCCUCCGGAGGGGUCUUUCCAUUUGCCUCUCAUAAGGGAAGUGAGGAAUCUUGUUUUCCAGCCUGGCCGACAUGGACACCCGGAUCAGGAGCCUUACAUUUUGGUUUGGCAAGACUUAUGUGAACAUCCCCCGGCGUGGGUCAAGCCCUUUUUACCCCCUGAUUCUCUCCCUAGGUCGUCGGUCUCUGUUCCCGAAUCUACUAUUCUUCCUGUAAAGCCAGCUCUGCCUUCCCCUCCACCCUCUGCUCCCCCGGUUCUUCCAGACUCACAACCUGAUCUUAUCCUUCUUGAUCUCUCGCCACCCCCUUAUGCUUCGGCCGGAGCAUCGCGAUGCGACCAAGGGCCUCCUCCGGCACCUGGCCCAGUUCCUCCGCCCGUGUCCCCGGCGGCGGCCUUCCCAGAUUCUACCAUCGAGGGCCCCCUGCCACCACCAGGCAGCGGACCAGCACAGCGGACUCGGAGCCGAUUCCAACCGGAUGAAGGGCCUGUAGCCACUACUCUGCCGUUGCGCCCAUACGGGCCAAUGGUAGAUAAUGGGGAAGGGGGGGAAAUGCCGGCCCUCCAAUAUUGGCCCUUUUCCUCCUCAGACCUGUAUAACUGGAAAAAUAAUAAUCCUCCUUUUUCUGAAGACCCCACCCGACUGACAGGUCUCGUGGAGUCUCUCAUGUUUUCUCAUCAGCCCACCUGGGAUGACUGCCAACAGCUAUUGGGGACUCUCUUUACCACUGAAGAGAGAGACCGCAUACUUCUAGAAGCGCGAAAGAACGUCCCGGGACAAGACGGGCGUCCGACGCAGUUGCCGAACAUCAUUGAUGACAUCUUCCCGCUGACGCGCCCUAGUUGGGAUCCGAAUUCUCCGGAAGGUAGGGAGCAUCUGUCCUCCUAUCGCCAGGCUCUUGUGGCAGGUCUCCGGGCAGCCUCCAGGCGGCCCACUAAUUUGGCCAAGGUAAGAGAGGUCGUUCAGGGUCCCACUGAAUCUCCCGCGGUCUUUUUAGAAAGGCUAAUGGAAGCCUAUCGGAGGUUCACUCCCUUCGACCCACAGUCAGAGGACCAAAGGGCUUCAGUGGCCAUGGCCUUCAUUGGCCAAUCCGCUGCCGAUAUACGGCGUAAGCUACAACGCCUGGAAGGAUUGCAAGACCUCACCCUUAGAGAUUUAGUCAAAGAAGCAGAUAAAGUUUUUCACAAAAGGGAGACAGAAGAAGAAAAGGAAGAACGAAAGGAAAGGGAGAGAGAGGAUGCUAGAGACAAGAAGAGAAAUAAGGAAUUAACUAAAAUCCUGGCCACAGUGGUAGAUAGCGGAAAGAAACAGAAAAAAAAGGGAGGCAGUACCGGGCCACGACCGAGCUUAGACCCGAACCAGUGUGCCUACUGUAAGGAACACAGGCACUGGAAGAAAGACUGUCCUAAGAGACCCAAAAAGGGCCUGCAGGCUAAGCAGCCUGCCCUGUUAGCCCUGGAUGAAGACUAGGGAAGACGGGGCUCGAAUCCCCUCCCCGAGCUCAGGGUAAAAUUUGAUGUGGAAGGGACCCCCAUUAACUUUGAGGUGGACACCGGAGCUGUUUACUCGGCGCUACAGGCCCCUCUGGGGCCUCUGUCAACUAAAAGGUCCCUGGUGAGGGGUGCCAACGGCAGCCGAUACCGAGCCUGGACCACCAAAAGAACUUUGGAUUUGGGAAGGGGAAAGGUCCACCAUUCCUUUCUGGUCAUACCUGACUGCCCGGCUCCUCUUAUGGGAAGAGACCUGCUCACCAAAUUAAAGGCCCGCAUCACCUUCAACCCAGGAGGGCCAAAAGUGGAGUUCCUAAGCCCCCUAGUUCAGGAACCGGUGGUUACUGCCCUGACGAUGUCUAUAGAAGACGAAUAUCGCCUAUAUGGCUCCCCGAUAAAGGAGCAGGAUAUGACAAAAUGGCUUAAAGAAUAUCCCGAUGCCUGGGCAGAGAAGGCCGGACUGGGACUAGCCAGGGAUCAACCCCCAGUAGUGGUUGCCCUAAAGACCUCAGCAAUUCCAGUCCGGGUAAGGCAGUAUCCUAUGAGUAAGGAAGCCAGGGAGGGGAUCAGGCCACACAUUUUGAAGCUACUGCAAGGAGGUGUCUUGAAGCCCUGCCAGUCAGCCUGGAAUACACCACUCCUUCCCGUUAAGAAACCGGGGACUGGGGACUAUCGACCAGUGCAAGAUCUGCGAGAAGUUAAUAGUAGAGUACAGGACAUUCACCCCACUGUCCCAAACCAUUACAAUCUUCUGAGUUCUCUUCCGCCUGACAGGAGUUGGUACACUGUAUUGGACUUAAAAGAUGCCUUUUUCUGCCUGCGGCUCUACGAGGGCAGCCAACCACUGUUCGCCUUCGAAUGGACCGACCCGGAGGCUGGUAUUGCUGGACAGUUAACUUGGACCAGGCUACCCCAAGGGUUUAAAAACUCCCCCACGAUCUUUGAUGAAGCUCUCCAUCAGGAUCUGAGAGCCUUCAGAACCCAGCACUCGGAGGUAACCCUGCUUCAGUAUGUAGACGACCUACUGCUGGCGGCAUCGUCACAGGAAGAAUGUGAGUACGGGACUCGCUCCUUAUUACAGGAGCUCGCUCGGCUUGGGUAUAGGGCAUCAGCUAAGAAGGCCCAAAUAUGCAGACAGGAAGUCACUUUCCUGGGGUAUACUCUCCGGGGAGGAAAGCGCUGGCUGACUGAGGCGCGAAAAAAGACUGUGGUGCAGAUCCCUGCACCAACUUCCAGGAAGCAACUCCGAGAGUUUCUGGGGACGGCUGGGUUCUGUAGGCUGUGGAUUCCGGGAUUUGCCUCCCUAGCCGCCCCUUUGUACCCGCUCCUGAAGGGGGAUGCAGAAUUCUCUUGGGGGCCUGAACAAUAGCAAGCCUUUGAUGAGAUAAAGAAGGCCCUGCUAUCAGCCCCGGCAUUAGCACUUCCUGAUGUUGAAAAGCCCUUCACCCUUUAUAUAGAGGAGCGAGGGGGAGUGGCCAGAGGGGUCCUAACUCAGGCGUUAGGGCCCUGGAAGAGACCUGUAGCCUAUCUGUCCAAACGCUUGGACUCGGUAGCUGAGGGCUGGCCCCGCUGCUUGAAAGCUAUAGCUGCAGCCGCCCUGCUAGCCAAAGAUGCAGAUAAACUAACCCUGGAGCAAAGACUUACUAUUGUGGCCCCCCACAUGCUGGAAAGUAUUGUCAGGCAGCCCCCCGACCGAUGGCUCUCGAAUGCCCGCAUCACACACUAUCAGAGCAUUCUACUGGACAGAGAUCGAGUAACCUUUGGACCUCCAGUUGUUUUAAACCCUGCCACCCUACUCCCGGAUGAGGCUGCAGACCCGGUCCUGCACUCCUGCCAGGAUAUCCUGGCCGAAGAAGCAGGAAUCCGUCGUGACCUGAAGGACCUCCCAUUGCCAGACUCGGAGGUGACUUGGUUCACCGACGGUAGCAGCUUCCUACGGCACGGUAAGAGACGCGCGGGGGCGGCAGUAGUCAACAAGGACAAGGUCAUAUGGUCCGCAGGGCUGCCAGAAGGGACUUCUGCUCAGAAGGCCGAGCUGAUCGCCCUCACAAAGGCCUUAGAACUGGCGGAGGGAAAGAAGGCUACAAUCUACACCGACAGCCGUUAUGCCUUCGCUACUGCCCAUGUACAUGGGGCCAUAUAUCAGCAGAGGGGGCUCUUGACCUCAGCAGGAAAAGACAUAAAACACAAGGCUGAAAUCCUCCAACUACUUGCAGCUGUCCUAUUGCCCUCCAAAUUAGCUAUUGUCCAUUGCCCCGGCCAUCAAAAGGGGUCGGACCCUGUAGCUACAGGGACUCGGCGAGCGGACGAAGAAGCUAAGGCGGCGGCUCUUAGAGGAGCAGAGGCUCUAGCACUAGUGGCCAAAACUCCCGAGGCGCCCGCACCCACAGAAAGCCAGGGGCAACAAGCAACUUCCUACUUGCAGCAUGUGCACCGGCUCACUCAUCUAGGGGCUAGGAAGAUGCAGGAACUGCUGAGAGAGCAGCCUUUCUCCCUGACUGCGUCGGAAAACAAAAGAUUGACGGAACAAGUAGCUAAGAAUUGUCAGGCCUGCCAGGUUGUAAAUGCACAUCCAUCCCAAACCUCAGAUGGAAAGAGACUUAAGGGAAAUAGGCCUGGCCAGUUCUGGGAAGUAGACUUCACUGAGAUCAAACCAGCUAAAUAUGGGUUAAAGUUUCUUUUAGUUUUUGUAGAUACCUUCUCAGGAUGGGUGGAAGCCUACCCCACCCGCAGAGAAACCGCGCAAGUGGUGGCUAAGAAAAUUAUGGAAGAACUCUUUCCUCGAUUUGGACUACCACAGGUAAUCGGGUCUGACAAUGGACCUGCUUUCGUGGCCCAGGUAAGUCAGGGCGUGGCCAAGGUAUUGGGGAUCAAUUGGAAAUUGCAUUGUGCUUAUCGUCCCCAAAGUUCAGGGCAGGUAGAAAGAAUGAAUAGAACAAUUAAGGAGACCUUAACUAAAUUGACCAUAGAGACUGGCAAUCAGGAUUGGACCAUGCUCCUACCUUACGCCCUGUUCCGUGCUCGGAACACACCCUCUCCCUCCAUGUAUAACCUCACCCCUUUUGAGAUUCUGUAUGGAACCCCACCUCCAAUCUCAAAAAUGACGCCUGCCACAGAUCCGAACUUAUUAUCCCAUGCUCCUCUACUUGCCAGGUUAAAAGCUCAAGAGGGAAUCCAGCGAUUUGUCUGGAAGCCCCUGGCCUCUGCUUACCAGCCAGGAGACCUCAAGGUGCCCCACUCCUUCUGCGUUGGAGACUCAGUGUUCAUGAGGAGGCACCAGACCCACAGCUUAGAGCCCCGGUGGAAAGGACCCUACAUAGUGCUGCUGACCACUCCGACUGCGGUGAAAGUAGAUGGCAUCGCAUCGUGGAUCCAUGCUUCUCAUCUCAAGCCUGCCCCACAGCCAGGACCUGAAUGGACAAUGGAAAGGACUGACAAUCCUCUUAAGCUUCGCUUUCGCCGUAAGCCCUUGCCUGCCCAGUCUGAUGCCUGGGAAGUCGUCAACCCAACAGGACAAGUGGUCUGGUCGAUCGAGGGCACCCACAACCCAGGUACCUGGUGGCCCACAUUACACCCCGAUAUCUGCCAACUGGCCGUUGGCCUGGACACCUGGGACAUAGAUGACUAUGAGGACCCUAAUAACAUCCCAAAAGACAACCCCUACAGUAGCUUAGGAUACGAGAUAACAUCUAGCGAGAACAACCUCCCAGGGUGUCGUACCCCACACAAACGCUACCUCCUCAAGGCCCUCACCUUCUAUGUUUGCCCAAAAGAUGACCGGAGCCGACAGAUGAUGCGGCAAUGCGGUGGGCCUGAAUCCCUCUAUUGUGCAGCGUGGGGGUGUGAGACCACGGGGACAGCUUAUUGGGUCACUGGAUCAAAAUCAGAUUGGCUUACUGUUCACUGGAACAGCACUAGGAGGGAAUGUGCUGCAAGUGCUUUGUGCAAUGGGCUGAACAUCUCCUUUACGGAAAUAGGUAGAAUGAGCAACAAACUUAACCGCUGGUAUAAGGGGAGGACAUGGGGACUUAGGUUCUAUGCCUCUGGACAUGACUUUGGCCUCUGGUUUACUGUCAGGCUACAGAAAAGGACCACACCAGUCCUUGUGGGGCCCAAUCUGGCAAUUCGACCGGUCCAGCCAUCUCGCAGUCACCAGUCAGUAAGAAUGAGGGCAACUCCUCCCCCGGUUACUGCCACCCCAGAAAGCACCUCGCAAGCCCAGAAUAGCAAGGCCCCUGCCCUAACAGGACCAAGUGGUAGGUUCCCUCUGUUCAACCUCAUAAGCGGGGCCUACGCUGCUCUUAAUGCAACCCAGGACGGAUUAACUCAGUCCUGCUGGCUCUGCCUCUCGGCGGCACCCCCUUACUAUGAAGGAAUUGCUGUAAAUGGGACCUACAACCUAACGAGCAACUCCUCUGCUUGCAAUUGGGGGAAUAAUCACCAGCUAACCCUCCCUGAGGUUUCUGGCAGAGGACUCUGCAUAGGAAACCCCCCUUCAAGUUACCAGCAGCUAUGUGCCAGAGCUGUCCCUAUAAACUCCACUAAUGAGUACCUGGCUUCAGAGGCCGGGACCUGGUGGGCCUGCGACACUGGCCUAACCCCCUGUGUGUCCGCUGCUAUUUUCCAUAACAGUCACCAUUUCUGUGUUAUGGUUCGUUUGUUUCCCCGGGUAUUAUACCAUGGGGCAGACUCGUUCGAAGAAAAAGCAGAAGGGCAGGUCACCCGCUUCAGGAGGGAGCCCCUGUCACUCACUUUGGCCAUUCUCCUGGGGGCUAGAACAGCAGUAGGAAUAGGAGUUGGAACCACAGCUCUUAUCCAAGGGCCUAGCCAGUUACAACAGCUCCAAGCUGCCAUAGACCAAGACUUAAAAGAAUUAGAAACUUCUGUAACAGCCCUUAAAAACUCCCUCACCUCACUCUCAGAGGUAGUUCUGCAAAAUAGACGGGGCCUGGAUCUCCUAUUUAUGCAGGAAGGUGGACUUUGUGUAGCCCUCCGAGAAGAGUGCUGUUUCUAUGCUGAUCAUACAGGGGUAGUUGAAGAAUCCUUGACCAAACUCCGACAGCGGCUGGCCGAGCGGCAGAAGGAGAGGGAGGCACAGAGAGGUUGGUUUGAAUCUUGGUUUACACAGUCACCCUGGUUAACAACCCUCGUGUCAGCAGUGACUGGACCACUCAUAGUCCUGCUGUUAAUCUUCACCAUAGGACCCUGUGUCCUAAAUAAACUCAUAAAAUUCAUACAGCAGAGGAUAGGAGAUAUUAAGCUCCUAAUCAUCAGGCAGCAAUAUGCAGCCUUGCCUGAGUCAGAUGGUCUCUAG